AUGUUCAGGGAACUUCAACAAGGCCAUGAAUCCCGAAGUUUGGCCUCACGGAGCUGUUGUAAGCCGUUUUUUUUACCACAAGAAGAAACAGACAGAAGAAGCUUAGUUUUUGAUCCAGAUAUUCCAUUAUUAAAUAUCCCAAGUGUUAGUCAGAAGACUGGUUUUAAAUUGGAUAAGUUAGAAGUAUUCAAUUCUCCUAAUUUUGACACAGUUGGUAAAAAUUCUUCAACUAUCAAUCAAAAAAGUUUUGGCUUGCUUCAUCAAAAUAUACAAUGUGUAUCAACAAGCAUUGAAAAACUAGAGUUCUUCCUGCAGUGCGAAGGUCUACAUAAUGUAUGUGUCUGUUUAACUGAGCACUGGAAAUCUAAAGAACAACUAGAACUACACCAUAUAAAUGGAUUUUCUCUGGCUUCAUCUUUCUGCCGUGACCAAGGGGAACAUGGAGGGUCUUCAAUCUAUGUGAAAGAGGGUGUGGUUUGGAAGGAACGUACUAAUAUAUGUUCUCAAUCUGAGAAAUAUAAUUUUGAAGUGAGUGCUGUUGAAAUAGACUAUUGCCUUUUUAAUUGUGUUGUGUUGUGUAUUUAUCUGCCUGGACGUGGCUCUAUUGAUGUUUUUAUGUCAAAACUGGAUCUAAUACUUGAUGUGCUAGUCUCCGAAGACAUUGGUCAUCAGCGUACCUCCAAAACAGCGACGAUGGAGAUCCAACAGCUUGUACUAAAGAGGUUAAACACAUCAGUAGCCACUCAAAUUGUUCAGUCAGUAGGUUGUCUGCAAGAAAGCUUCACCGGAACCCUCCAAAGGUGUUUAGAAAACCUAGAAAAAAGCUGCCAUGAACAAGAACACAACCUUUCCGCUUCUGAUGCAGUUCGACAAAUCGUUAGUGCCGCCUACAACAUAGAUUUGAAUCAUUCUUCUUCUUUUUCGAUUGUAUCUACAUUAAUGGAUCGAUUGAGGCAACUUCUUUCGUCAUUUGCGCCUCCUUGGUCUUCAUCUUCCCAGAUCCAGUGCAGCAACUUUCAGUGGCAACUGCAGGUUGCUACGAAUAUGAUAGAAAAACUGAGUGCUUCCAAGUUGGCUAGAACCAUAGGCGUGCAAUGCAAAGAACACAUAAAAUCAUCACACGAGUCCUUCCUGUCAGCCAUUCGUUCGUUGGACCAUCAGCUUUCUGACCAAUUAGAACAAACUGAAGAACAAAGAAUAGCUAUACGCAAGAGGCAUGCUCCAAAGUUUGCGAGGUUAGCUCUAGAGAGUACGUCUUUGUGUGAUUUAAUUAGAUAUGGUAUGCCAAAGCAGAUUAAGGAGAUAGGCAGGGGUCAAUAUGGUGUUGUAUCAUCGUGUGAGCCUUGGGCUGGGAUCAAUCCAUGUGCAUUUAAGUCUGUUGUGCCACCAGAUGAUAGGCAUUGGAAUGAUCUCGCCAUGGAAUUCUUUUACACUAGGACGAUUCCCGGGCAUCCAAGGAUAGUAAAACUUCGUGGGUCUGUGAUAGAUUAUACUUAUGGAGGAGGUAGCUCACCGGCUGUGUUAUUAAUUAUGGAACGGAUGACAAGAGAUCUGUAUUGUGGACUUCGUAGUGGACUUACAUGGCUUGCAAGACUUCGAAUUGCUAUUGACGUUAUCGAAGGAAUUCGAUAUCUUCAUUCACAGGGUUUGGUUCAUAGAGACAUCAAAUUGAAAAACGUUCUUUUGGAUUCAAAAGAUAGAGCAAAACUAACAGACUUUGGAUUCUGUAUACCAGAAGCAAUGAUGUCUGGAAGUAUAGUUGGCACUCCAGUUCACAUGGCUCCAGAAUUACUAAGUGGACGAUAUGACUCCAAAGUAGACGUAUACGCAUUUGGAAUACUCUUUUGGUACAUUUGUGCCGGACAAGUUAAACUUCCAACACAUUUUGAUCAAUUUCAGAACAAGGAACAGUUGUGGAACAGUGUUAGAAGAGGGAUUCGGCCUGAAUUUUUGCCAAACUUUGAGGAAGAAUGCUGGAGUCUCAUGGAACAGUGCUGGGCGGCAGAUCCUGUAGACAGACCUUUGUUAGGUUACGUACAACCCCAACUCGAAGCUAUUUAUAAUAGUGUAAAGGCAAAAAGCCAAUGCCAAUCUGCAAGUAGUACCAGUCCAACCUAAACUUUGAACAAACAAAAUUAGCUGAUUUUAAUUGAACUUUUUACAUAUCGAUUCAAUAGAUGAGCUUUUUACAGAAUUAUAUACCUACUUUAUGAACUGUUCUCACUGUUACGUUUUAGAAUUUCGUGAUUGUUAUAACUGUUUUCUACGUACCAUUAAGUUUUAUAGGUGUAACUACAGCGUUAUUUGUAUCAGUGAUCAUGAAGGAGUGUAGGCUUGCACAGCCAGUGAUUGGUAAAGGAACAUGGUUAUCGAAGUGGUGUAUUUGAUCUUAUUAAUUAAUGGUUGAGGUGAACGAUAUGAGAUUUCGUCUACGCCCGCUCCCGAAGCGCCUUUGAGAAUAUCUACUGAAGUUGAAGUCAAAACUUCAAUAACAUACAGGGGGUUUAAUUAAUAAUUAGAAAUAUUUUAACUAUAGAUUCCUGGACUAAAAAUAUUGAGGUUUAACCCAAAUUACCUAGUCCGAAAAUGCUUCCUAAGGGAGAUAGAGCUCUUUGAAGAUGGCGUCUUUUAAUUAGUUUUUUUUAAAUACCUCUAGACUGCUUCUAUUUAGAAAAACGAAAACUGGUACGUCUAUUUAUCUUCCAGUUAUAAUUCCGUUCCAUAAAUUGCGAAUUUCUAGUACCGCUCAUAGGUGUCCCUUUUGGGUAGGGCAACGGUUAUUUUAUCGCAUCUUUUAAGAAUUUUUGACACUGGAUUAUUAAAUUAUGAGAUAUUGUUGUACUAAAAGGUACUCUUGCUUUAAGUCAGUACGAUACACAGUUUUCUAGAAAAAUCGAUUUGAAAAUUUUUAGUUUUUUUGAUUUGAGCAAAAUUUGAAAAAAUUUUCAAAAAAAAAACAGUGUAUUUUACUGAUUUAAAGAGCAAGAAUAACUUUAAGUACUAGAAUACCUCAUAAUUAAAUAGUCUAGUAUCAAAAAUGCUUAAGAAUUAAAGACACAAAAAUAAUGCGAUAAAAUAACCGUUGACUUACCCAAAGCGGACGCAUGUGACCGGUAAUAUAAAUUUGAAAUUGAUGAAAUCGAUUCAUCUCUCAUACACGUACAAGUUUUCGUUUUUCUAAAUAGUGUUUUUUUGCAAAUUUUUUUCAAAUUCCAAAAAUGCUAAAUUUUCAAAUCAAGUUUUCUGGAAAACGGUGUAUCCUACCGACUUCAAGAGUGCCAUAUAGUACCAGAAUACUUAAAAAUGUAAUAUUCCAGUGUCAAAUAUGCUUAAAAGUUGAAGACAAAAAAGUUAUGCGAUAAAAUAACCGUUGCCCUACCCAAAACGGACGCCUAUGAUCGGUGCUAGAAAUUCGAAAUUUAUGAAAUCGAUUUAUCUCUGGAAGAUAAAAUGGCGUACCAGUUUUCGUUCUUCUAAAUAGAAGCGUUCUGGAGUUAUUAAAAAAAAACUAAUUGCAAGACGCCAUCGUGGGGUCUUGUAAUAUUCAGCAAUUUACAGUUAAAAUAUUUCCAAUUAAUAAUGAAACACGUAUAAACACAAUAAUUUAGAAACACGUGUAAACCUCGAUAACGUUGUUACCCAUUAGUGAGAUUGUUUCGAAUUAAUUAACAAUUUUUUCUAUACUCAUGAAAUUAUGGUCAUUAUUAAAUUAUGAUAACUGUCCUUAAGUGAAAUAAUUGUUAACGAUAUUUAAAUGAAUAAAAUUAUUUUACUUC